AUGUCGUCCAGCGUCGUACCUAAGCUCUUCCAGCCCGUUCAAGUUGGGGAAUUUACGCUCGCCCACCGUGUCGUACUCGCUCCACUCACUCGUUUCCGUGCGAACAAAGAUUAUGUCCACGGCGAUCUCGCAGUGGAGUACUACUCCCAACGAGCAUCAGUUCCCGGUACUUUGCUAAUCACCGAGGCUACUUUGAUCUCAGCCAAAGCUGGUGGCUUUUCUUACGUCCCGGGCAUCUGGAACAAUGAGCAGGUCGCUGCAUGGAGAAGAAUCACAAAAGCAGUUCAUGCGAAAGGGUCACGUAUUUUCUGUCAGUUAUGGGCAUUGGGCCGUGCCGCACAUCCCGACGUACUCAAAGCCGAUGAUCCUUCCUACGAACUUGUUUCCGCGUCUAAUCUCCCACUCCCCAAGGGCUCGACUCCCCGUGCACUGACCAUCUCCGAGAUCGAAGAAUACGUCCAGAUGUUCACAUCUGCUGCACAGAACGCUAUGCGUGCAGGCUUUGACGGGAUCGAGCUUCACGGCGCCAACGGGUAUCUCAUCGACCAGUUUCUCCAGGAUGUCAGCAACAAUCGCACUGACAUGUAUGGGGGAUCGGUGGAGAAUCGUGCCCGGUUUGUUCUCGAAGUCAUCGACUCGAUUGCCAGAGCCAUCGGUGCCAGUCGCGUCGCCAUUCGUAUCAGUCCAUGGAGCCAUUAUCAAGAUAUGCGUAUGCGAGACCCGAAGCCGACAUUCGCCUAUCUUGUCUCCCGCCUUGCCUCGACCCACACCGACCUUGCAUACAUCCAUGUCAUCGAACCACGAAUUGAAGAGCACGAACCGGAGCCUGGCGAGUCCAACGACUUCCUGCGGGAAAUUUGGGCGCCUCGUGCCUAUAUCAGCGCGGGUGGAUACAAACGACAGCUUGCUUUCAUGGAUGCAGAAAAAACUGGAGAUCUUAUCGCAUUUGGACGACUGUUCCUCGCUAAUCCGGACCUCCCAACCCGCAUUGCCAAAGACCUGCCCCUCAACAUCGGCAAUCGCGACACGUACUACUAUGUUGCGGAGACUGCAAAGGGAUAUACUGACUAUCCGCUCUCGGAUGACCCUCGAGCUGCCAUCUAA